AUCCGGCGUCAUGUCUGGACUACUUAAAGAGAAGAGAGGUGUUCCUCUACAAAAUGAUGAAUGACCCCAGCCACAAAGCUAUGCUCUACUUCCUCGAAGUCCUUAUGAAUUCCGAGGCCCCACUAACAGUGGAGCAAUUGGCUGCAAGGUUUUCGAAUAAGUCCUUUUCCACUGAAAUGCGAGAGGCCUGUGGAGGUGGAAGCGUUGAUGCUUUGAAGGAAUUUCUCCUUAAAUAUCCCUCUCUCUUCACUGUUAAGCCAACAGGCCUGGUGAGCGCCGUGGCUAUUGAAAUGCCAGGUUUCGAUGAGAUGUCUGAGAGCAGUGUUGAUGUGGAUUACCUCUCAAUGAAACGGAACCCACAAAACGCUGCAACUACUGGAUUAUCAUCUAAUCGUUCUAGUCAAAGAGCUGCAAGCCUUUCUUCCAACGAAACCGGUGAGGACCCGACGCAAAGCACACAGCCAGCACCAUUGAAGCCAUCGCUUAAGAGUUCCACCAAUGGGGGUGGCAGCAGCAGCAGCGCUGAGGUAAAACCAGUCGGCAUUUAUCAGCCACCAAUUUUGAGAGCUCAAGCAGCUGCGGCUUCUGGAGCAACCCAAAAUAGAGGCUCUCACAUAUGCGAUAUGUGCUCUAUUGCAGCUCAUGUGGCAACUACGGCGACGACGACUGUCGUACACUGUCCAUUCACCGAUCUAAAUUGCCUGGGACAUCACCAUCACCAUCAUGGGCAGAGACUUAAUCAACUUCUUAAACACGCUCACUCAGCCACAAGUCAUUGCUGCUGCUCAAAUGAUCUCUCUUCACCCUACUGUCGUUCAUCAGGCAAAGUAGUAACUUGUUCACAGGUGGCCAACUUUACCUUAGAGGCAGAGGCGGUAAAAUUCUUCCAGCAGCGGCUCUGUCGCAAGGAAGAACGAUGGGUUCCUAUUAAAAGCCUUGCAGGCCACCUUUCACAAGCCUCUGCAGAGGUGCGGUCGAUAGUAGGCCCGCAGUUGGAGUUUCGGCGUUUCCUGCUUAAACAUCCGCAUGUUUUUGAGGUACAAGGCGAUCUUGUUGGCCUCAAAGAUCCUUUCAUUGCAACUUGCUUAUCGUCAAGGCGACCAAAAUCUUUCGGAGGCACCAGUCUUAAUAGCCAAUCAUCAACUAGCCUCUCUACGCUCAAUCUUCGUGGGGCUACUGGACCAGGUGUUGCGAUCGGUUCGCAAAAGGUUUCGCGGCCCAAGUCUCUCAUCAUGUUAUCUCAGGCGGCAUCAACUGCAGUCUCAGCACCCAUUCCCCGACGUCUUGGGAACAUACCUACAGGGUCUGAGCAUCUUCUCACUGGAAGGGAUCAAGAUAACUUCACCCCUUCAGCGCCAAACACGCCAAACUCACAACUCAAUCGAAACAACUCUUCGAGCAUUCGUCCACGAGCUAACGGAGGUACUCAAAAUUUUGCUCGUCACAAUCCUCCACAAAAUGAUACCGUGAGUUCAUCAGCUCGUCAGUUGUCAAGGCGAAGUCGUGGCCAAGAAGCAGAUACAUCUACCAGUGCUAGCGGAAGCAUUUGCAUUCGUAUGAGCGCCAACGAAUAUCGUGCAAUCAUGUUCCUUCGAAAGGUUUUGUCAAAGAAGGGUGGCGCACCAGGACAAGCAGGUCUUUCCUAUUUGCAACUGAUGCAAAUUUUGUCCUCAAAGGCACCAGAAACAGUUCAAAGCGCAAUUGGCUGGACGAAGGUAGAACUGGAGGAGUUCAUCCUACAACAUCCGAUUUUCUUCGAAGUGCACGGUUGCACCGAGCCUAACAAGGCUCAGCCUGGAGUUGGUGUCACAUGGACGGGAGCGGAAGCAAGCGAGCAACCAACAGCUCUUGUGACAAACCGACGUGUGCUCAAGAUGAUUAACAUUGUCAUCACAGGAAACAAACCUCCGGAUUCGGGCCUCCGCGCAAUGACCAACCGAUGCGGUCGCGUCUUCCACGUAGCCAAGCUAUGGGGCAUCAUUGAUCUGGGAAAACAUGAACACGUCUUCUUUGACAAAUCCAUUCUAAAGUAUGUAGAUGACCUCCAAAAGCACUUCAAAGUAAAUGAAACGCUCUACUUCAAUGCGAUCCUCGCUCCAAAGGAGUCGCGUGCAAAAUGGAGGGCUACUCAGGUGUGGAAGGAGUGCGAUAAAGAGAUAAUGGAAAAACUCGGUUGCAAUGCUUUCGCUGACCGUAGCGGGGGACGCGCUGCAGCUUCACUUUCAGUGCCACCGAGCUCUGGCACGGCGUUAGGCGCUGCGACAAGCGCUGUCGCUGCCAUCGGGGGAGAAAGGGAGGACGGAAGGGCCAAAACUGAAUGGGACUCCUCUGAAUACGGUAUGGUGGACGAAGAAGGAAUGAGAGAAGAUGUUGGCGAGGCCAUCGGUGCUGCUCGUACCGAAGGACUGAACCUCAUUAACGAUAUCAAUUUCCUUUCCGACGAUGUGGAAGCCGAAUUGGAACGCAUUUUAGGUCCAAAUGAGGAACCCAUUACAACAGCUACUACAAACAAUAUUAAUAACACAAGCAAUCGGGUUCUCAACGAUGUGUCAGACGAAGACACCAGCAUCACUGGAUGUAUCGAGGACAUUAGCGUCAACUUCUCCGAUGCUGGAAGUCUCUCAGAAAAGUGUUCACCAUGCGUCACCUCCACGACUCAGAAGGAAAAGAAGUCUUCACUGUUUGCUGCCGACUCGCCGCUUGGUGAGCGUUCAUCGAUAGCUGUUCAGACCCUCUCAACGGGAGACAUUAUGGCAACUCAAAUCUUCCAUGAUAUCACCUAA